CUAACGUUCUUUUUCACAAGUAAAAUCCCCAGCGUACCAGCGUAAAAUCAAGAUUUUGACAUUUGGAAUAGUACAAGCUAAGACGAUUUAAAAUAAAAUGGGAUACACUUUAGUGAUUGAUAACUACGAUUCCUUCACUUGGAACAUAUACGCCGACAUUGCGACUUUGGGAGGUAAUCCUUUGGUCAGGCGGAAUGACAAGAUCACCAUUCAAGAUAUUGAAACAAUGUACAAGGCUGGUGAUCUGGAUAGAAUAGUCAUCUCACCCGGUCCUGGACAUCCCCGCACAGACUCUGGAAUCAGUAGAGAUGUCAUACAAUGGGGAAUGGGAAAAGUACCCAUUUUAGGUGUUUGUAUGGGAUUAGAAUGUCUAGUAGAUGUCAUGGGAGGUGAAAUAACUUACGCUGGGGAAAUCAAACAUGGUAAAACGUCUUUAGUUGAUCAUGAUGGUCUUGGAAUAUUCAAAGAUCUUCCUCCUUUACUUUCUUCAACUCGAUAUCAUUCUCUCUCAGCUCAUUUAUUAUCGUUACCGAAAGAACUCCAAGUGUCCGCUACGACACAAGAAUCCGGUGUUAUCAUGGCUGUUCGACAUCGAUCAUUAUGUGUGGAAGCUGUACAAUAUCACCCUGAAAGUUGUAUGAGUGAAGGUGGACGUGGAUUAAUGUCUAAUUUCAUAAAGAUGAAAGGGGGUUAUUGGGGUGAAGAAAAUGUUUGGUGUGGAGUAUCGAUGGAAAAUGAAAUCGAAUUAAACGAUCCUUCUAAUUUCGAAAAAUCUCUCAAUGGACAUAACAAUGGUUUGAUCAAUGGUGGUCCAUCAAUUCCGACAAUAUUGAAUCAAAUCAAAUCUCAACGUCUUUUAGAUAUUCAAUCUUCUUCUUCUCUUCCUCAUUCUACUCAAUCAAUACUUUCCACAUCAUUAGCUCUUCAUACAGCUCCACCUCUGAUAAACUUCUUAAAUCGGAUCACAUCGACUCCACAUACCGCAGUCAUGGCCGAAAUCAAACGUGCUUCUCCAUCAAAAGGUGAUAUAGCCCCAAAUACCUCGGCUCCUGCUCAAGCUCUCAAAUACGCUUUGGUAGGCGCAUCAGUCAUUUCCGUCCUUACCGAACCUAAAUGGUUCAAAGGUUCUCUCAUCGAUAUGCUCGACGUUAGAAGAGCUAUCGAUUCUCUCCCAAACCGUCCAGCUGUAUUACGAAAAGAUUUCAUACUUUCGACAUAUAUGAUAGACGAAGCUCGUUUACACGGAGCGGACACAGUACUUCUCAUUGUCGCUAUGCUUGAUCCUACCCUCUUGAAAGAACUCUACGACUAUUCCGUUUCACUCGGUAUGGAACCAUUAGUAGAAGUCAACAAUCCUUCAGAACUUUCGAUAGCUUUGGGGAUAGGCGCAAAAGUCAUCGGUGUGAAUAAUCGAAAUCUUCAUGAUUUCAACGUUGACAUGGAAACUACUUCAAGAGUCAAUGCUGCUUUGGAGGGGAGACAGGUGGUUUUAUGUGCUUUGAGUGGGAUAUCAAGUCGGAACGAUGUUGAGAAAUACGUACAAGAAGGUGUUCGAGCUGUUCUAGUCGGUGAAUCUUUAAUGCGUGCGGAAAACCCACAAACGUUUUUGAGAGACUUAGUCGGUCUUCCUCCUCUUCAAUCGAAAACAACAUAUAAACCUCUGGUCAAAAUAUGCGGUAUACGUACCCUUUCAGACGCUCAAAUGGCAGUGGAAGCAGGAGCAGAUAUGAUAGGUAUCAUCCUUGCUUCGGGAUACAAACGAACCAUCUCUUUAUCCAUUGCACGUGAUAUAUCCAACUACGUUCAUUCCAUAUCAUCAAAACAACAACGUAUCUCCCUUACAUCUCCUUCAUCACCGGAAACUUGGUUCUCUACCAAAGCUCGAUAUCUCCAAUCACGUCGGAAACCUUUACUCGUCGGUGUGUUCAAAGAUCAACCACUCGAAGUAAUCCUAGAAACGGUAGAAGAAAUUGGUUUGGAUAUCGUUCAAUUACAUGGAUCAGAGCCACAAGGAUGGUCAAAAUUCAUCCCUGUCCCAGUCAUAAAAGCCUUUCAUAUAUCCGCCAAUGGUGAAGUGGCUGGAGGACAAGUGGAUAGACCAGGGGAGAACGAUUAUAUUCUUUUCGACGCUGGGAAUGGAGAAGGAAAGACUUUCCCUUGGGAUCAUGCUAGAGAUUUAAUUGGUAGAGGAGAAGUAGGAAUGGGAAAAGAAGGAAAAUUACCGGUCAUUUUAGCAGGUGGAUUAACAUCGGAUAAUGUCGAAGAGGCUUUAAGACAGGCAGGAAAUGUUUUGGCUGUUGAUGUCAGUUCAGGGGUGGAAUUGGGAGAAGGAAAGGAUGAACAGAGAGUGAGGGCGUUUAUCAAGGCUGUAAAGGGAUAGAUUGAAACAAUGUAUACAUUUCAGAUCG